AUGAAGUCAUCGAAGUCAUUAGGUGAAAGCAAUGAGAUUUCAGUGGAUAGUAAUUCAGAAUUUGUUGUAAACAAAGAAUGGAAACUGAUUAAACGUAUCGGCGCUGGAUCAUUUGGGGAGAUAUUUCUAGCCUUGAAUAAAAGAACGAAAGAACAAGCAGCUGUUAAACUGGAAGUUUACAGAUCAGGUGCUCCAAUUCAACUUCAAACAGAAUGUCAGUUAUUGAAAGCGUUAAGUAAUAAUCCUGGAAUAACUAAAGUCUAUUGGUUUGGUCGAGAUGGUGUGCAAAACCUAUACAGUGCACUUGUUAUGGAAUACUUAGGACCUAGUUUAGAAGAUCUACAUGUUUAUUGUGAAUGUAAAUUUUCCUUAAAAACUGUAGCCAUGCUAGCCGAUCAAAUGUUGAAGAGGAUAGAGAUUUUGCACCGGAAUUAUCUUAUUCAUCGUGAUAUCAAACCAGAUAACUUUGUGAUGGGUGUCGGGCCUGCGUUCAAUACUGUCUAUAUAAUUGACUUGGGAUUAUCCAAAUACUAUAUGGAUCCUAAAUCUAAAGAACACUGUGCAUUUCGAGAUUUUCGCAACUUAACAGGGACCGCACGAUACUGUAGCAUAAAUGCUCACGCUGGCUAUGAACAGUCUAGGAGGGAUGAUUUAGAAUCAUUAGGUUAUGUCUUCUUGUAUUUUAUUAAAGGAAAUCUUCCAUGGCAAGGACUACAGGCCGAUAGUAAACGGGAGAAAUUCCGUAAAAUAUAUAAGACAAAGUUGAGUGUACGUACGGAAACAUUAUGCCAAGGUUUGCCGGAAGAAUUUGCUAAAUAUCUGAAUUAUUGCCGUAACCUAGCAUUUGAAGAAGAACCAAAAUAUAAAUAUCUUCGUGGUUUAUUCUGGCGUAUAAUGGAGAAACGUUCACUUAAGUAUGAUUUCCAGUUUGAUUGGAUCCCACAAAAUUCGCAGUCAGGUAACCAGAGUAACUGA